CUGUAAGAGGUAGUUACAGUAAUUUGAGUGGGGAAAAUGCACAACUUACAACCCGGAGAAACGCAUUUCUACCCCCAUUUACAUUGAAAAUACUUAAAUAUGCCUCCUAAAAAGAAAUCUGGAAAGAAGAAAGCUUCUGGAAAGAAAAAGAAAGGAAAGAAAAGUGGCGCGUCGAAGGAGCCCAAGCUGACGGUAGAAGAAGCCAUCGUUGCUUUCCAGAUAGAAGUAAAACAAAGGAAUUUUGAUGAUCUAAUGUAUGAUUUGCAAUCCCUCAAGGAAAAGAAUGAAAGACUUAAAGACAGGAACCAAAGACUGAAGGAAGAGCAGCUUCUACACAUCAAAACUUUGUUAAAGCAAGUAAAGGAGAAAGAUAAGGAAGUUGAGAAAGCAGCUGAGGUGGGACAUGAACAAGUCGAGGUUGCACUGGUGGGAAAGUUUGAUACAAUGAAGGCUGAAGAAGCUGAUGUUCAAGUACUCAAUGAUCAGAUUGAAAAGAAGGAAGCUGAAAUAGCAGAUGUGAGAAGAAAUAUAAAGAAGCUUGAAGAGUAUCGGGACAGAGGUGCUGAGGAACAUGCAAAGCAAAUAGUAAUACUAAAACAAGAUCUGAAAGAAAUGCAGGAUUCCCAUGAUGACAUUGCAGCUCAUUUAGAAAGAAGCUUGAAGAUAGCUAGAGAUGAAAUCGAAACUUAUACUGAAUCAACAAUAUCAAAACAGAAGGACAUAGCAAAUGAGAAAGCCACCAAUAACUUGGACAAGGAUAGCUGUGGUGAAAUUCUGGACAACAGAUGGCUCAAAAAAGAGGUCUCUAUUCAUCGUGAAGGCCAUGCUGACCUUGCAGAAAGUGUAGAAGACUUAGAAAAGAGAAACUUGGAAAUUAUGAGUGAAAUGUUUGACUGUAAAGUUGAAGACCUCAAGUUCACCAGGAAGUUUUAUCUGAGUUGUAUAGAUGAUGAUGAGAGUUCAGAUGAAGGCAAUGUUGAAGAUGAUUUUGAAGAAGAGCUGAUUGAGGCACAUGGAGUGCUAGCAGAACAACACGAAAAGCCUGAUGAUCUACUUGAUAAUUACUUCCUUCCUGGGGAAGAUGACUUUGAGGACUCGCCUCGCCUUGGGCCAAUGGAACUACAGCUUUUAUCUGUAAUCGGAACAAGGAAACCAGUUCUCCCUCACCCGUUAGAUGCAGACCAAGAAGUGAAUGAACUUGCUGCUUUACCAGACUCCGGAGACGGAUCGAGACCAGAAAACUACACGAGUCCACGACAUUGGCCGAUUACUAACAAUAUGCUGCAAACAUUGGCCACACAAUAGAAUAGGAAAAAUUAGAAAGUCGAAGAGAUUCUACAUGUAUUUACACAGAUGAGAACAUUUGCCAAGGUCAAAUACGUUGAAGACUUUCACGACCUUUUUGCGGUUGUAGAGUUUGUAUCAUCUUGCAAGACAGGUUACAAAUUUCUUUUAAGCAUCACUUCUGUACAUAUUAUUUAUUUCAUUGCCUGUAAUUCUUCUAACAUUUGCUGUUGAAUGUACAAAAGGGUAUUACAAUAGAAUUCCUUUUCUGGAAAGUCACGUCUUCAUUUAUCCUCAGAGGCUUGUCAAAAUCCAUGAAACUUUGCUCGUUACCUUACUUUAAGACAAUAUCUGUGCAAAGUUGUAUGUAUUUUAAAGGAGCUCAGUCACGGUAUUUUGGCGACGUACGAAAUAACCUUAAAAUUGAAGAAAACCUGAAAAAUAAUAGUUAUCUAAGAUAGAAAACCACUCAAGAGAUAAUAAUAAACCAUAAACUGAAGGAACAAGGAUGGUUAAGGAUAGAGAAGAUUAACGCGGAUUACAAACGGCGAAUUUGAAAAAUUUAGGCUAAACUUUUCAGAAUGUGCAAACAGUGACGUAGCUAAUAGUUUUCAAAGAUAUUCUCCAUUUUGUGAUUUGUUUCCAUACCAUAUGCCCGGGUUGAUGUCAGAAGUCUGCUACCGUUUCCACAAUGUAAGAUUAAAACAACCCUGGAAUAAGACAAGGCAAUGCAAAGACUAUCAUCCACUAAUUAAAGGAUUUUCAGACAAGUUUGAUUCAUUUCUGAACGUACUAGGCCCUGUAGGAAGUCAUGUUUGAGAAAUAAUAGGAAACAUUCUCCAUGUUUCUGUAGAGUUUUAGUAGAAUUAUCUGUCAUUAGUAAAAAUCUUCUAGCGUUCUA